GCGUACGUGAAGCAUUUGGUUUGUGUUCGCUUGAAUCAAGUAAAUUUAUUUGAAAAUGGAAUCUACGCAAGUAAAAAAAGAAAAUGUUAAAGAUAUAAGUAGUGUUAGAAAAAGAAGAAGCGCUAGAAUAUCGCUUUCUAUAGCUAGUCAUUUUUUAGGAAGACGUUUGACAGUUUCAAGACAUCUUUUUUCUUCGGGACAAUUUUGGAAAAUGGCUGUUCGAAACAGUAAUUGUGAUGUUGUUAUGACUUUUCCACAAAUGACUACUGAAGAAACUCUGUUAUGGUUUCUAGCUCAUUUAAAAGCUCGUGUUCCAGAAUUGAUUAUUGAUGUUAGACAGCAUCAAUACACUGGAGUAUUUGGUUUCUAUCUGACUGCAACUUAUGAAAAUUUGUUAAAAGGAGCAGAAGAUUUGAGAUUAAGAAAAUCAUUAAAAGAAGAAUAUGGAGGUGGUUUAAAAGAAUUUGUAUGGGAUGAAAGAGAAUACUUUGAAAAUGUAGAUAAUCAAACUGUUUUUCUUACAACUCAAGAAAGACAGAGCAUCAUUCUUAAUAUGUUGUAUAGUUUUCGAGCAGCAGAAGGGGACCAACUGUUACAUUUAAAAUUUGCUGAAGGUCAAGCAAUAAUUCCUCCUUGUAUGGCAGAAGGUAUUUUAUCUCAGAUUUUACCUCUUCAUAACAACGAAGAUUUGGAUAAAUUAAAAAAUAGCUGGGUAAAAGCAUUAUUCAAAGCUCAACCUCUUGAUAGUAUAUGUGAUUAUUUUGGUGUAAAAAUUGCCAUUUAUUUUGCUUGGUUGGGACAUUAUACCAAAGCAUUAACAAUUCCUGCAUUCUUUGGAUUUUUUAUGUGGAUUAGUUAUUAUGGUAAAGAUCAAGCAACAGAAGAUUUAUGUUUUGUUGUAUUUGCUUUGUUUAAUGUAUUGUGGGCAACUUUAUAUUUGGAAUCUUGGAAACGUCAUUGUGCAGAAUUAGCUUAUAGAUGGGGUACUUUGGAUAGCCAAAAUGAAUUAUUAGCAGAACCAAGGCCACUAUUUUCUGGUCCAUUAAUUAGAAGUCCAGUUACUGGAAGAAUGGAACCAUCUUAUCCUUGUUGGAAAAGGAAUUUAUUUAGAUAUUGUGUUAGUCUUCCUGUCAUUGCAUUUUGUUUAUUUAUUGUAUUCAUUGUGAUGUUUCUCAUCUUUGAACUUCAGACCUGGUGGGAUUCCAAAGUUAAAGCACUGGAAUAUCCAUUUUGGAUGACAUUUCUACCAAAAGUUUUAUUGGGUUUAGUCAUCAAUGUGUUAGAUGGUGUUUAUCAUCGUAUUGCACUCUGGCUAAAUAAUAAAGAGAACUAUAGACUGGAAGAAGAAUAUGAAAAUCAUCUCAUUAUCAAAGUAUUAUUGUUCCAGUUUGUAAAUUCUUUCUUGUCUCUCUUCUAUAUUGCAUUUUAUCUGCAAGAUAUGGAAAAAUUGAAAGAGCAAUUGGCAGCAUUAUUAAUCACUCGGCAAGUAGUCGGAAAUAUAAAAGAAUCAGUGAUACCCUUCCUUACAGAAUCAGUUAAGUUAGCACAUUUAAGAGUAGAUACUAUCUGUUCUCCUAAUGGAGAAACAAGUACAGAUCAACAGCAACAAAAUGGAGUAUAUAAUUCUAGUGAUAAAGAAGAAAGGCAGCUGACACAAGCAGAAAUUGAAAGUGCCAUGUAUAAAUAUGAAGGUACUUUCGAAGAUUAUUUAGAAAUGUUUAUACAAUUUGGCUAUGUUAUUCUCUUCUCUUCUGCUUUUCCAAUGGCUGGAAUGUGUGCUCUUAUGAAUAACAUUAUUGAAAUUAGAAGUGAUGCCUUUAAACUAUGCAUGAUAUUUCAACGUCCAUUUGGCCAACGUGUGGAGAACAUAGGAACAUGGCAGGAUGCCAUGGAAUUUAUGGGUGUAAUUGCUGUUAUUGUGAACUGUGCACUUAUAGGAAUGUCUGGUCAGAUCCAGAGAAUGUUCCCAAGUUUGUCUUCAAGUGGAACAAUUUUACUUAUAAUAGUGCUUGAACAUGUAAUUCUGUUUCUUAAAUUUGGAAUUGCAUAUGCUAUUCCUGAUGUACCACAAUGGGUAGCUACAGAAAUGGCUAAAAUAGAAUUCCAUCGACGAGAAGCAGCUAAGCAAAUGCAGUGCAGUAAAUUAACUACAAAACAAAAUAGGAGUUCUAGUACAUCAAUUGUUCAAAAUGAUGCAAGUGUUCAAACAGAAGCUUGUCUUACCACAACUAAAGGAGUGACAUUCAGUAAUGAAUGUGUUGAGGUAAGUGAUUCUGAUGCAUGUUGUGGAAGAACUCCAUCUUCAAAAAGUAGCGGGACAUUUUCCAAUAAUGAAGGCCAGCACAUAAGUGAUAAUAAUCAGCCAGUUAGUGAUGUUCGAAAGUCGCUACUUGAACAAAAUUCAAGAACAUCCGGAAAUAUUACUACAGGGUGCCUUCCUCAUAAAUUUUCAUCUAAAGGAUAUGAUUCAGAAACAAGAAAUACAAAAUUAGAUAUCACAUCUUUGAGAAUAACUGAAAAUAAUGCAGAUUUAGAUGAUUUGAGUAUAAGUUUUGAAGUCCCGUAUUCGUCUGUUGUUAAAGAAGAAAAAGUUGUUCAUAGAAAAUGUAGUUUACCACAUUUAAAAGUUUUAAAGAAAUCUUUAUCUCAGGAAUCUAAUUCUCUGCCAUCCUCAGCUCCUCCAGUAUCAGAAUUCAAACAGGCAAUGAAUGCCAUGGCUAAAUUUUUCCCAGUUAUGUCAUUGAAAAGAAAGAAAAAACCAUUGUUACGAACUUUAUCACUCCAUGUAUCGCAAACAAAAGAAAAUAGCAAAACUAAUGAACAUUCUUCAACAACAACACCCCUUGAUGUUUCUUCUCCUAAAAGUGAUCAGAUGUUUGUUUUUCCUGAUGUUCAGAGUAAAAAAACAUGCAGUAAAUUAACUACAAAACAAAAUAGGAGUUCUAGUACAUCAAUUGUUCAAAAUGAUGCAAGUGUUCAAACAGAAGCUUGUCUUACCACAACUAAAGGAGUGACAUUCAGUAAUGAAUGUGUUGAGGUAAGUGAUUCUGAUGCAUGUUGUGGAAGAACUCCAUCUUCAAAAAGUAGCGGGACAUUUUCCAAUAAUGAAGGCCAGCACAUAAGUGAUAAUAAUCAGCCAGUUAGUGAUGUUCGAAAGUCGCUACUUGAACAAAAUUCAAGAACAUCCGGAAAUAUUACUACAGGGUGCCUUCCUCAUAAAUUUUCAUCUAAAGGAUAUGAUUCAGAAACAAGAAAUACAAAAUUAGAUAUCACAUCUUUGAGAAUAACUGAAAAUAAUGCAGAUUUAGAUGAUUUGAGUAUAAGUUUUGAAGUCCCGUAUUCGUCUGUUGUUAAAGAAGAAAAAGUUGUUCAUAGAAAAUGUAGUUUACCACAUUUAAAAGUUUUAAAGAAAUCUUUAUCUCAGGAAUCUAAUUCUCUGCCAUCCUCAGCUCCUCCAGUAUCAGAAUUCAAACAGGCAAUGAAUGCCAUGGCUAAAUUUUUCCCAGUUAUGUCAUUGAAAAGAAAGAAAAAACCAUUGUUACGAACUUUAUCACUCCAUGUAUCGCAAACAAAAGAAAAUAGCAAAACUAAUGAACAUUCUUCAACAACAACACCCCUUGAUGUUUCUUCUCCUAAAAGUGAUCAGAUGUUUGUUUUUCCUGAUGUUCAGAGUAAAAAAACAUCAUAAUAAUAAAUUUUUCAUAAAAAAUUAUUUAUUAGAACAUUUAUAAUUUAUAUUUUUACAAACUAAAACUCACAAAAUAUUUUUAAAACUUAAUUUAAAA